AUGCUCAAAGACCUUGUGGAGAUCAGUAUGACAACAACCGUGUGGCUCAAUGUUUUCUACUUCUCGCAGAUUGUUCCUGCACAGAGGGCCUUUUUCGUGUGGCUGAAGUCAAAUAUCAAACUUUUCAUAUAUUGUGGUUUGGUCUUUUACUGGGUAUUUCUUCUCAUCAAUGGUAUUUUUGAGGUUUUCAUUUCAUUGAUAAAAGCAAAGAAUACUGUCAAUUCUACAGGCAAUGGUACAGAUCCACAUGAAUAUUCACCACACCAUGUCAUUUCUUUGGUUGGUCAUGUUAUUAAGCUGCUGUAUCUAUUUCUGAGUCUUGUUGUGAUGUUGGGAUCUGGCUGUGCCACGGUUUCCUAUCUAAGGCGUCACAUGGAGAACAUGAAGUCAAGCAUGAAGUCUUCUCUGGAGAGUCAACUGAGGGUGACCACCACAGGCAUCGUGCAAGCUGUUUUCUACUUCAUGUGUGCCACAUGGAUCUGCAUCAGCAUGUUACAUAAUGACAUCUUCAAAUACAAAUUUGACGAGAACGACUACAUCUUCUACUCUGUUACGUCACUCUAUUCUCUUGGAACUUGUAUAAAUCUCUGCAUUGGUCAGUCUCUGUUUAGGCAGAGGGCUGUUGACCUGUGGCACAAGGUCUCAAAGAUGGUUCAAUCAAGGAGACAUGUCUAA